GGACACCGAGAACACAAGUUGACCUUCUGCGUGCAGUGGUGUCCUCGAAUUUUCGGCAAGCAUGGCUCGUCGCGUAACCCAAUCCGCCGUCAACUGGGCGAAAUUCGCUGAAUUGGUUCCCAAGGAUCAAACUUCUCAUUUCGCGGCUCUCCGCAACAAGAGCGACAACUACGUCCGAAUCGUCCAUGAGCUUCCCGAGGGUCUUCCCGCCAUCGACUUCUCUAUGUACAAGAGCAAACUGGGCAACCCCAAGCUCGCCGAGGAGUUCGAGCAGAAGUACAAGGCUGUCAAGAUUCCCUACCCGGAGGACAAACACACCCCGACGAUCCAAGCGCAGGGAGAGGAAGCGAAGAAGAGCAUCGCCGAAUGGAUCAGAGAUUCCAAUAUGCGAAUCAAAGCAUUGGAGGAGGAAAAAGCUCGGCUCGCGUCUAUGGUACCUCUCGAGCAUAUGACCAUGGAGGACUUCCAGGAACAGUUCCCGCACCUUGCCUGGAAUCCUGACAAACCGACGUUCUGGCCCCACGACCAAGAAUCUCAGCGUUUGAUUCAGGAGGGUCUCGAGCUGGCUGCUUCUGGCAAAGAGGACGAGGAUCAUUAGAAUCUUGGAUGGCGAAAUUUAGAAUUCAUAGGAAAACCGGAGGAAUAAAGAACCGGAGAUGAGAGUUCGCU